UGUGGCGCGCCGGGCCCCGCGGCGCCAUGGCAACGGCCUUCAGCAGCGACGGGGAGGCCGUGCUGAGGAGGGAGCUGGGCCCGGCCGCGGCACCACCGGCACCGCGGGGAGACCUCGACGGCUUCUACGAGAUGGGCCGGGCUGUCGCCUUCGUGCGGGGCCGUGGGUUCCGCAAGGUAGCCCUCCAGUUCCCGGACGAGCUCCUGGCGGACGCGGCCACGGUGGCGGCGCGGAUAGAGGCGGAGACCGGGGCUGAGGUGUAUGUCCUGGGAGACACCACGUACGGCAGCUGCUGCGUGGACGAAGUGGCCGCGGAGCACGCGUGUGCCGAGGCGGUGCUGCACUACGGCCCGGCCUGCCUCAGCCCCUGCAGGAAGCUCCCUGUGCUGCACAUCUUCGGGAAACAGCCCCUGGAUAUCGGGCGUUGCGCAGAGGCCUUUCGGGAGCUCUAUGCAGACCGGCAGAGCCGCGUGGUGGUGCUGAGCGAUGUGGUCUAUGCCCAUGCGAUGGGUGAGUUGGAGCAGCAGUUGUGCCCCGAGUAUCCCAAUACCGUCUUCUCCAGGGUGGUGUAUGGAGACCCUCCUGACCCUGCACUGCCUGGGGAGGAACGGCAGUUUGGUCGCCAGUUCCUGGUGGAGGCCCCGGAAGGGCUGCAGGACUGUGCCAUGUUCUAUGUGGGCACUGAGGGCCUGACCCUCACCAACUUCAUGCUUACCUGGAAUCGCUGCUCCUUCAGCUCCUUUGACCCCACCACCAACUGUGGCCGCCGGGAGACCCUCAAUGUCAACCGUGCCCUGAUGCGACGGCUCUACCUGGUGGAGCGGGCCCGGGAUGCCCGAGUGGUGGGCAUCCUGGUAGGCACCCUUGGUGUGGCAGGCUACCUGGAUGUGCUGCAGCACCUUCGGGAGUUGCUGCGCCGGGCUGGCAAGCGCAGCUACACACUGGCUGUGGGGAAGCCAAACCCUGCCAAGUUGGCCAACUUCCUGGAGGUGGAUGUCUUUGUACUGGUGGCCUGUGCUCAGAACUCCUUGUUAGACUCUAGUGACUUCUACCAGCCUGUUGUAACUCCCUAUGAGUUGGAACUGGCCUGUAACCCAGCUCGUGAAUGGACAGGGAAUUACCUUACUGACUUCCGAGAUCUGUUGCCAGGUGCCUGUGCACACGUUGAGCUCCCACCAGCCAUCCCUGCAGCAGAGGCCAUUCCUGACGUCUCACUGAUCACAGGGGAGAUGCGUGCUACCCACAUCUGCGACCCCCCAGCCUCACAGCUGCCCUCCAGCACCGCCCUAGCCUGCAGGGACCAGACAAAUGCUCUUGCAGAGAUCAGCCCUGCUGCCUCUUUCCUGGAGUCCCGUAGCUGGCAGGGCUUGGAGCAACAGCUGGGACAGACACCUGUUUCCAAGGCUGUGCAGGGCCGACGAGGGAUUGCCAUUGCCUACGAGGAUGAGGGGCGUGAGCAGUCCUGAUCUGGCAGCAGCACUGACAGCCAGCCAGGAGCAGAGCCAUGUGGGAGCCCAGGGAUGGCCUGACACCAUGUGUUGGACCAAUGGGGUCUCUCAGGAAUCUGGACCUGCCACCAUCUGGCCCUGUGCUGGAUGCAGCCUUCAGUCAGUAGUACUGUGGUGGGAGAGCAGGAAUUGCCUGUGUUUCUGAGGAUGCCAGCAGCACCCUGGUGCUCACAGCAGCAGGGCCAGGUGGGGUGCUUUGCCCAGACACAGCCUCAAGGGCUCUGCAGUGCAGGGCAGCUUUGGUCCUACAUGCAAAGUUCACUGCUCCGCAUGAGACUGCAGCACCAGGGAGCGAAGCUUUCGUAGGCUACAUCUGCUAACUGAAUCUGAACUGAAAAGGACUUGUGAGUCCUUCUAGAAUAAAACAUGGGCUGAGGAACA